AUGCCGGUCACAGCAAUUAAUGUUAAUGAAUUGAAGCCUGUAUUAGUCAGGAGUGAGAUCACUUCAGAUUUCCAAGCAACCCAGAGAAUCACCUACCGCAUUUCUGGAGUAGGAAUUGAUCAGCCCCCUUUUGGAAUCUUUGUUGUCGAUCCAAACACUGGUGACAUUAACAUCACAGCCAUAGUUGAUCGAGAAGUAACCCCAAGCUUCCUGAUCACAUGUCGUGCACUGAAUGCCUUGGGACAAGAUGUAGAGAAACCACUUAUACUAACAGUCAGAAUUUUAGAUGUCAAUGAUAAUCCUCCAGUGUUUUCCCAAACCAUAUUCAUGGGGGAAAUAGAAGAAAACAGUGCUUCAAACUCACUGGUGAUGAUACUAAAUGCCACCGAUGCAGAUGAACCAAACCAUUUGAACUCUAAAAUUGCCUUCAAAAUCAUCUCCCAGGAGCCUGGAGGCAUGCCCAUGUUCCUCAUAAGCAGAAACACUGGAGAAGUCCGCACCCUCACCAGCUCGCUUGAUCGAGAGCAAGUUAGCAGCUACCAUCUGGUUGUGAGUGGUGCAGAUAAAGAUGGAGAGGGACUAUCAACCCAAUGUGAAUGCAGUAUUAAAGUGAAAGAUGUCAACGAUAACUUUCCCAUGCUUACAGACUCUCAGUAUUCAGCAAAUAUCCAGGAAAAUACUUUAAAUGCUGAGUUACUUCGAUUUAAAGUAACAGACUGGGAUGAAGAAUACACAGACAAUUGGCUGGCUGUAUAUUUCUUUACCUCUGGAAAUGAAGGGAACUGGUUUGAAAUAGAAACUGAUCCCAGAACUAAUGAAGGCAUCUUGAAAGUAGUGAAGGCUCUCGAUUAUGAACAAGCCCAACGCAUGCAAUUUAGUAUUGCGGUCCGAAACAAAGCUGAAUUUCACCAGUCAAUCAUCUCCAAGUAUCAAGUACAGUCCACUCCAGUCACUAUUCAAGUCAUAAAUGUAAAAGAAGGAAUCUCAUUCCGUCCUACUUCUAAGACAUUCACUGUGCAAAAAGGCAUAAGUGGUAAAAAAUUGAUUGGUUAUACCCUGGGAGCAUAUCAAGCCAUCGAUGAGGAAACUGGUAAAGCUGCCACAUCUGUCAGAUAUGUCAUGGGUCGAAACAAUGGUGGUUUACUAAUUAUUGAUCCAAAAACUGCUGAAAUCAAAUUUGUCAAAAACAUUGAUCGAGAUUCUACUUUCAUAGUUAACAGGACUAUCACCGCUGAGGUUCUAGCCAUAGAUGAAAAUACAGGUAAAACUUCUACAGGCACAGUGUAUGUGGAAGUACCCAGUUAUAAUGAAAACUGCCCAUCAGUAGUCCUGGAAAAGCAAGAAAUCUGCAGUUCAUUACCUUCUGUGACUGUCUCAGCUAGAACCCUUGACAGGAGUAAAUACAGCGGCCCCUACACAUUCUCCCUGGAGGAGCAGCCUGUAAAGUUGCCAGCUAUAUGGAGUAUCACAACACUCAAUGACACCUCAGCACUGCUCAGAGCCCAGCAACAGAUCUCCCCUGGAGUGUACACAGUUCCUCUUGUGAUUACGGACAAUCAGAACAGGCAGUGUGAGAUGCCAGAAAGCUUGACUCUGACAGUAUGUCAGUGUGAUGAAAGAGGUGCCUGUGGAAAAGCAGACCCAAGCAGAGAACUUAGGAACCCAUCAACCUGGAGACUGGGGCCUGCUGCUAUUGGCUUGAUCCUUCUGGGGCUCUUGAUGUUGCUGUUGGCCCCUCUUCUGCUGCUGACCUGUGAUUGUGGGACAGGUCCCAUUGGGGGUGCGACAGGUGGUUUUGUACCAGUUCCUGAUGGUUCUGAAGGCACAAUUCAUCAGUGGGGAAUUGAAGGAGCCCAACCCGAAGACAAGGAAAUGACAAAUAUCUGUGUGCCACCUAUCACAACCAAUGGAGCAGAUUUUAUAGAAAGUUCUGACAUUUGCACCAACACAUAUGCUGGCGGGACAGUGAUGGAAGGAGCUUCCGGAAUGGAACUAACCACCAAGCUGGGAGCAGCCACUGGAUCUGGAACUACUGGAGGAUUUGGAGAAGCUUCUGGACUUGGCCCCUGCCCAUUAGGAAUGUCAGGAACCAUGAGAACAAGGCGUUCCACUGGAGGAACCAUGAAGGAUUAUGCCGAUGGGUCCAUAAACAUGAAUUUCCUAGAUUCCUACUUUUCUCGGAAAGCAUUUGCCUGUGCAGAGGAAGAAGAUAUCCAGGAAGCCAGUGACUGCUUGCUGAUCUAUGACAACGAAGGCCUGGAUGAUGCCCCAGGUUCUCCUGUAGGCUCGCUGGGUUGUUGCAGUUUUAUUGCUGAUGACCUGGAUGAUAGCUUCUUGGACUCUCUUGGCCCUAAAUUUAAAAAACUUGCAGAGAUCAGUCUUGGUAUUGAUGACGAAGCCAAACAAGCUCCGCUGCCUUCUAAAGACAGUGGCUCUGGAGUUGAUCGCUGUGGGAGGCCCCUAGAUGUCCAGCAGUCAGGAGCAGAUAGGUGCCAGACCCUGCCUGGUGAUGUCCAGCAGUCAGGAGCAGAUAGGUGCCAGACUCUGCCUGGCAGUCAAAGAGCUUCUGCUCUGUCCGUUUCUGGGUCUGUUCAACCAGUCAUAGCCAUCCCUGACCCUUUGCUACAUGGUAAUUACAUGGUAUCAGAGACUUACUCAGUUUCUGGGUCCUAUGUGCAACCCACCACUGCAGUCUUUGAUCCCCUUAGCACACAAAAUGUAAGAGUGACAGAAAGGGUAGUUUGCCCCAUUUCCAGUGUUCCAACUGAGCUACGAGGGUCACACACUAUGCUCUAUUCAGAAGAGCCUUGCUCUCACCUAUGA